AUGAGUGGCUGCGCGCUCUUCCUGCGCCGGGCGGCGACGGCGGCGCGAGCCUGCCGGGUUCUGGUGGCCCUCAGUGCGAGUCGGCGCCCGCUAAGUACCAGUCCGCAGAGCCGGGCCUUCGCCAAGGAGCUCUUCCUGGGCAAAAUCAAGAAGGUGCCAGCCUACCUUUUGUCCUCAUCCCGAAUCGAUACCCCUCAGGAUGCACAAGGCCCAGACAACCAGGGAGGCCGUGAACACAAAUAUGACCAGGGCAGUUUUGGCCUCUGUGUCCUUGUGGAAAGGGACAGCUUUGUGCUAAGGCUGCCCAAAACUGCUGGCCCUGAGGUCGGAUGCUCUGCCAAAAACAUUCUGGGUCCCUUUCUCUGCAUGAAGAUGGCUUGCUCCUAUUUUGUUUCACCAAGACGUUUUCUUUUCUCAGUGGAUUCUCAGAAAAUUGACCGGGAGGGGAAAAUCCCGGACGACAUCCUGGAAAAGUUGAAAAGCCUGGGCCUCUUUGGAAUGCAGGUCCCGGAAGAAUAUGGUAAGUGGAGGAGAUUGCCCGGCUGGUGUGGCUCGUCAGGGUCACUCUGCAUUUCCCUGAGAGUGCACACUGCCAUCUUGUAGCCAAAAGGAACAAAUAAAAAAUGUUUCUUUCAGGGGAUCAUCUUGGUUGGCACCGAAGAACAGAAGGCCAAGUACCUGCCCAGACUGGCGUCAGGGGAGCACAUGGCCGCCUUCUGCCUCACGGAGCCAGCCAGCGGGAGUGACGCCGCCUCCAUCCAGACCAGGGCCACGUUAAGUGAAGACAAGAAGCACUACAUCCUCAAUGGCUCCAAGGUCUGGAUCACCAACGGGGGACUGGCCAACAUCUUCACUGUGUUUGCCAAGACUGAGGUGGUCGAUUCCGAUGGCUCAGUAAAAGACAAGAUGACAGCUUUCAUAGUGGAAAGGGACUUUGGUGGCGUCACUAACGGGAAACCGGAGGAUAAAUUAGGCAUCCGGGGCUCCAACACUUGUGAAGUCCAUUUUGAAAACACCAAGGUCCCCGUGGAAAAUGUCCUUGGAGAAGUUGGAGGUGGCUUUAAGGUGGCCAUGAACAUCCUCAACAGCGGGCGCUUCAGCAUGGGCAGCGCGGUGGCCGGGAUGCUCAAGAAACUGAUUGAACUGACCGCUGACUACGCCUGUACGCGGAAGCAGUUCAACAAGCGUCUCAGUGAAUUUGGAUUGAUUCAGGAGAAGUUCGCCCUGAUGGCUCAGAAGGCUUACGUCAUGGAAAGCAUGGCCUACCUCACGGCGGGCAUGCUGGACCAGCCCGAGCUGCCUGACUGCUCCGUGGAGGCGGCCAUGGUGAAGGUGUUCAGCUCCGAGAGCGCCUGGCAGUGCGUCAGCGAGGCGCUGCAGAUCCUGGGGGGCUCGGGGUACAUGAAGGACUACCCCUACGAGCGCAUGCUGCGCGACGCCCGCAUCCUCCUCAUCUUCGAGGGGACCAACGAGAUUCUCCGGAUGUUCAUCGCCCUCACGGGCCUGCAGCACGCCGGCCGCAUCCUGACCGAGAGGAUCCAUGAACUGAAACGUGGCAACGUGACCACCAUCAUGGAGACCGUUGGCCGGAGGAUUCGGGACUCUCUGGGCCGCACCGUGGACCUGGGGCUGACGGGCAACCUCGGGGUGGUCCACCCCAGCCUCGGGGAGAGUGCCAACAAACUCGAGGAGAACGUGUACUACUUUGGCCGCACCGUGGAGAAUCUGCUGCUUCGCUUUGGGAAGACGAUCGUGGAGGAGCAGCUGGUGCUGAAGCGGGUGGCCAACGUCCUCAUCAACCUGUACGGCAUGGUGGCCGUGCUGUCCCGGGCCAGCCGCUCCAUCCGCAUCGGACUCCGAAACCACGACCACGAGAUCCUCUUGGCCAACAUGUUCUGCACGGAGGCCUACGUCCAGAACCUCUUCAGCCUGUCGCAGCUGGACAAGGAUGCUCCAGAGAACCUGGAUGAGCAGAUUAAGAAAGUGUCCAGGGAGAUCCUGGAGCAGCGCACCUACAUCUGCGCCCACCCUCUGGAGAGGACGUCCUGACACUAGGACAGUGUCCCUGCCCCCGGGCCUCAGCUCACACGAGACACGACCCUCUUUUCAGAAGGUGACUGCAGGUCCUGCAGCAGGCCACAGCGCAGCUCCUGAGCAGAGACGCAGGGAAGAGAAUCGCUGUCACCAGUGUCGCCACUGUGCUGGUGCUUGGGGACAUGCUGGUGACAGGAAGCUCUAGGACAUCUGAGGCUCGGGCAGCCAUUGCUACCAAGCCACAGGGUCAAGCCACAGCUGGGAAACAGCACCCUGGUCACCCCCGUGUAGGAGGCACACGCUGGGGAGUGUUCAACAGAAAGGAAUAUAAAUGUCACAGUCGGUGUCCCCUCUGG